AUGGGCAUGACCCACAUGAGCUUUGGUAUCCAGACACAUCACAAGCAGAGCUUGUCCUCUGAGGCUGGACCAGGCCCGGGUGUCUUCCAGUGGGUCUCCUCAGUGUCUUUGACUUGGACAGGUAGGGGCUUCCUCCUGCCUGGGUGGCAUGUGAGACCCGCGCACCGGACAUCGCCCUUACUGCUGUCCCACGCUAGCCUGCCCGCUGGUGUAUCAGAACGGAUGUCCGAGGAGUUAAUGGAUCCCGCGGUGUCAGUCCCGAAGCACAAGGGGGGGCUCUGGAAACUUGAGCCUCGAGGACUCAGGGGCAGAAAGAAGCCAGGUGUCAGGAAGCCCACCCCACGGGUGCUGAGGGCCACCCUGCCCUGCCUGUUUCUCACCCAAUGUCUCCCUGUCUUCCAGGCAGAUUUUUUGAAAGGAUUGCCUGUCUACAACAAAAGCAACUUCAGUCGAUUUCAUGCCGACUCCGUGUGCAAAGCCUCGAACCGACGCCCCUCAGUCUACCUGCCAACACGAGAGUACCCGUCUGAGCAGAUCAUCGUGACAGAAAAGACCAACAUCCUCCUGCGCUACCUGCAUCAACAGUGGGACAAAAAGAACGCCGCCAAGAAGAGGGACCAGGAGCAGGGGGAGCUCGAAGGCGAAAGCUCAGCGCCUCCCCGCAAGGUGGCGCGGACCGACAGCCCGGACAUGCAUGGGGACAUGCGUGCUCCGUGUCCACCCAAUAAAAGGAUCUUUCCUACUCCACCUCGCGUCUUUGCGCCGCACACAUCAGCCCCGGAGGAUGGAGCCUGA